CGAUUAUUCACUUCCUGAUACACCUGUUUGUCAGGUACGUGAGCUCGUAGUGUGCAGCCGCGACGGAGACACUGACUCAUGCUAAGAUAGAUAAUGGACGGAAUUUGUCCGAGGGUUUGACGAAACUUGGACUUUUUUUCAUCGUCAUGCAAGUGAACCCGUUUUCACAUAUUAAAAUGCGUCGUCCUCGCCAAGGAGCCGCUCUGAACCUUAUUUUGUUGCUGUAUUUGGUCGUUUUUUACGCCCCUUCUCUAGUAUCCUCCAUCUCAGUAAGUACACCAGCAGAGCUCCAUGCAUCUAAAGGGGAUACCGUCACGUUGUCCUGCACUUUCACCUCCACCAGUAGGCCCACCAGUAAGAUGACUGUGGACUGGUCUUAUAGGCCCCAGAGUGGAGGGCCGCCACUGACAUUUUUCCACUUCUCCUCACGGGCGUUUCUUCCGCCUGAUGGUCAGUUUGCCGGUCGCAUCCGGUGGGAGGGAACCCCAGCGCGUGGGGAAGCCUCCAUCUCUCUGGUCAAUGCUACGUUAAAUGAUAAUGGGACCUACACGUGCUCCGUUAGAAACCCUCCUGAUGUCCACGGGUCUCCUACUUCAUACACUGUACUCACUGUAACACCAAAAGCGGCCAGCAUUCGCUUCUCUGAUGUUGCGGUCCUCCUCGCUUUUGUCCUCCUCCCCUCCACCAUCGUCACCCUCAUUCUGAUUGCUCGGAUACUGUGUCCCAAGAAAAAGCACAACCAAUCGAAGGCCUACAGAUCGCCCAUAGAGGUCACAGAGGGAGAGGAGUAUGGCGUCGACCCUCCACCCAAAGAAAAGAAGGCCUCAUGCUGUGACCUAUAUAUGAUGGACUCGGAGGAUGAAGAAGGCUAUUACGAGCUAAAAAAGAGGCCUCCUACGGAUGAAGGCUAUGCUGAGUCUCGGUGCUAGAGAACCCUGCAGGCUGGGCGAUGUUACUGUAACAUCUAAACCUUCUGGUGCCUUACAUAUGGGAAACACUGAAGAGAAAUAAAUGCUGGAUUUCCUUUGCCACAGUUAAAUCCUUAUCCAGUCGUUUGGGGACUUUUUGUGGUGACCCCUUUGGAAUAAUACUUGUAUUUUUGUCUUAAUGAUACAUCUCCAGCAUCACAUUAAGACUAGACAUGAUGCCAUUCAUUUCAUUGACCUGUUGCCUACAAGUUUCUACAUUUUCAAGGCUAUGCAAGAGGUCUUACUUUCUAAUGUUAGGGCUUGUAGUCUUGAUGACAUAUUAUUUGUUUCUUAUGGUAUUAGCCAUACCAACCGACCCUGUCUAUGCAAACACAAACACACAGGGGAGCACUAUAUGUAUUUUGAUAUCUUAAUAUGAGUCACUUUCUUAUUAUGAAGGAGCUAGAUGCAUUUAUUUUGUAAUUUAUUGUCUGUCAGAGCAGUUGUAUGACAUCUGUCAAUGUCUUUGUUGAGCUGCAGUGGAACAUUUCUGUUAUAUCUUUAAUAUUUGGACAGAAAAUAAAUGGUUUGAUUUGUGUAAA